AUGAUGAAACAGUCUCGAACUAUUGUGAAAUAAGACACAAUUCUGUUUUUAAAAUUUGUCAAUAUUUAGUGUCAAAUAUAAUAUGCCGUACGUAGAUAACUUUUUAUCAGAAGGGACAAACCAGAUGAGGCUCGUACAUGAUAACUCGUUCUUAUUUGGGCGUGGAUUUAGAUACGUUUAUGACCUUGAUGACAGACCGCGGGAUAUUUUAGUUUAGAGAAACACGUUAGCUUUAACGGGUUUAAUAGGUGGGUAAUUGACAAAAAAAAUCUAACACUGGGUCGAAGGUUACCGGAUAUACGUGUUUAAAUGCUUACGACGGCACCUAAAAGGUAGUGGGGAUCUCCCGUAGAUCACUGUUUGUCUAAACAUUACGGCAUUCCAGACGGUGUGUGUCAAGUGUUUGUGUGACCUCACAACACCCGGCGAGAAAGGUAUUACUUGUGUCGUGCAGUGACUCUAUUAACUUCCUUUUCAACGUUAUGUUAUUGUCCAUUGAGUGGAAAAUGUAUGGAUUAAUAGUACGUUAACUGGAAUAGCUCAACGGCUUGUUGUUAUGUCUAUUUAACCUAAAACAGUGUUCCGUUAUGACGAUGAUAUAACAUGUCAUACACUAUGUAGAUUCGGUAAAGGAACAGCAGAGAUAUAAAAUUAUACUGAAACACGUUCAAUGGUCUAAAGAAACACCUGUAACACCACAUCCAUGGUCACAAUCUCCAUGGUAACAAUGGAACAAGAAAUGGAAAGAUGCAUGGUGUUCGAUGAUUUUCUACGGGAUGAGGAUAUAGCGAAACGUCAAUAUCCCAAAUACAAGUAUCUCACACACCCUUCGGUCCUGUCAACUUUUCAACACACUACAUUCGGCACUGUAUUUAUUAUCAAGCCGGGUAAUAAUGGAACCGCCAUCAUUAACUGCUUCCGCCACAAAGUACUGAAGCACGUGGACAGAGUGGGUCAGGUGGGGAGAAAGGAAAAGAUAGGAUUUCCGACACUUGGCUUUACGUCACUUCCGGCAGGUGGAAAACUGCUGACCAAUGUACACGACAAAUGUGUCAUGAGUUUGACGGACACUGGUGACGCGAAGGUGUUAUUCAGCACCGCCCCUCUUAUUCCCCUACAGAUAUGCGACACAGAAGACAACUCUUUGCUGGUUUCACUUUUGGAUAACACCGAGUAUGAAAUAAACGACAAAAACAUCCGAGUUUUGACAAAGUACACCAAAACAGGACUGCGUAUUACCACUGUCGAACGGGACACUCGAGGCCAGCGGCUGUUUUGUAGGCCUGGAAGAGUUAGAUAUAAUAAAAGAAAUGGACAAAUAAUUGCUGGGAAUAGAACAGGGGAGACAACAGCACAUAUUGUCGUAUUCGAUACGGACUUAAGACUGCUGUUUCGUUACCUUGGAAACGGAAGAUCAGUUUCAUCAGAUGACGAUUUUAACGUGAAACUCAUCAAUAAGGGCUUUUUCGCCGUUGACGCUGACUACGAUAUUUUUAAUAACAUCGUUGUGCUAGACAACAUUACAAAGUGUGUAGAACUGCUUGAUUGUUACGGGCAACUAUUGAAAAUCGUAAUUCAAGACUCUGAUGCACCUCGAUCUUUGUGUGUCAACUUCGAUCAAACGCUUUGGAUUGGAUUUACAGAUGGACAGGUCAAGGUCAUCAAAUACUUGGAGGAAUGCGAUGCAUCAUAACCCGGAUAGCUUCCCGUGUGGUAUAAUUCUGACACAUGUUGACCGGACACGAAGGGUAGAACCCCAGCCUACUGGUACACUGCAGUCAAACGCUUUAGACCUUGUGGCCGACCAGAAAUGUAACAAGGCAAAAGAAUGAUAAAAGAUUUUUUGACAAUUUUCAUAAUUUCAUUUUGAAAACUUGUUGUUAAAUUGACGUUAGGCUUUAGCAGUCUUUUCAACAGUUUGACCAGGAACAUGUAUAUCAGUAUGUUUCAGGUUAUGUAUGAAUGCAUUUAGUUAUGUGUUAUCCGUUGAUGCAUUUAUCAUGUAGUUGUAUGAUGUUUGGGUGGGGUAUUACAUAGCUUUGUCGACUGAUGUCAAUGUCGCUACGUGUCCUUAAUCACUUAAACCUUCGGGGAUUAUAUAUGGAAGCUUACCAGGAUAUAUUUGUAUUUAUCAAAACACUUUAAAACCUACUGAGGUGCUGUUUCAGUUACUACAAUUAUACGUAACAAUAAUACGAUGCAUACAGUAAAUGUAAAAAGGUUUGUAUUUUAUGUUUAUUUUAAGGUAAAGGGCAUCAACAAGUUUAUAUACAUUAUCACCAUUGUCACAAUUG